GGGAAGAGCUACGAAAAAGCGAGGGAGAAGGUGAAAUCACAGCAGUGCAGAGAGACUAAACAAAGACGGGAGGAAGGAUGAGUGGAGGACAGAACGCUGAUCUGUGAGGCCCCCAGAGAGGAAGAGGAAGGAGAUGAGCAGAGAGAGGAAGGAGGCGGCAGCACAGAGAACAUCCAUCAGCUGAGCCAGCCAUGCUCUGAGCCCUGGAGCAGCAGGGCUACGUAGACACUGCACAGGCGUGGAGUCAGGCCCGCGGCUCAGCCUGCCGUCCCAGACGCCACAGAAGAAGGUUCCCCUUCCGUCAGCUCCACAUUGGAACCAUGAGGACGGCCAGGAAGGGCGGCGUGGAGAUGCCGGCCUUCAUGCGGCAGCUGGUCAAAGAAACGGAGAAGAGGGUCAGCUCUUUCUUUAAAGUGGGUCGUGGAGGAGCAGCAGAGGGAGAGCAGCCAGGGGAAGGGGAGAAAGAGGAGGUCUUCAUCAGUCCAUACCUGGACCGGCCCGUGUUGGACAAGCUAACAGAAGAGGGCUGUGCACGCUGGGGCCUCACGUACGCCCUGGGAAGCAUGCAGGGCUGGAGGGCCAACAUGGAGGACUUCCAUAACUGUGUUCCCCAGCUGAGAGGAGAGCUGGGCGAGUGGAGCUUCUUCGCCGUGUUCGAUGGUCACGCCGGCAGCACGGUGGCACAGUACUGCUCCCAACAUCUUCUGGGACACAUACUGGCCACAGGUGGAGCUGGACCAGAGGACAACCCUGAAAAGGUGAAGGCAGCCAUCAUUGAGGGCUUCUUACAGACCGACAAACACCUGCACUCUGUGGCCCGGAGGGAGGGAUGGGAGAGGGGGGGCACCACGGUGGUGGCCACCCUCAUCUCGCCAUAUUACAUCUACUUCGCCAACUGUGGCGACUCCCGGGCCGUGCUGUGCCGGUCCGGACAGGUGUGCUUCUCCACCGAGGACCACAAACCCUACAGUCCCUUGGAGAAAGAGCGUAUUGAAAGCGCCGGUGGAUCCGUGUCCUUCCAGAGGAUCAACGGCUCCCUGGCAGUGUCCCGGGCCCUGGGGGACUUCGGCUACAAGGGGGCAGAGAACCGAACGCCCGUUCAGCAGAUGGUGUCGCCUGAACCUGAAGUGUGCGUGGUGGAGCGCUCGCCACUGGAUGAGUUCCUUGUACUGGCCUGCGAUGGGGUGUGGGACACCGUCAGUAAUGAGGACCUGUGCGCUUUCAUCCACAACAGACUACAAGUCUGCACCGACCUGAGGGACGUCUGCGCUCAAGUCAUCGACCUCUGUCUGUACAAGGGCAGCUUGGACAACAUCAGCAUCAUCCUGCUCUGCUUCCCUGGAGCCCCCCAGCUGUCAGCAGAGGCGUUGCAUCAGGAGGCCGAGCUGGAGGACCUGCUGGAGGCUAAAGUGGCAGAGAUUUACGAUGAGUUAUCGGCCAGCGGAGAGGAGCCUGAUCUGCUGGCUGUCCUCACAGUUCUGGCGUCCACCGUCAUUCCCGGGUUACCUCCAGGUGGAGGCAUUCAGAGCAAGAGGAACUGUAUUAUCUCUGCUUACUAUCAACAAAGAGAGCAAAGAGAGACGCGCAAGCCUGAAGUACCAAAUGAUCUUGGAAGCUCAUGAGAAGUUGAAGCAAGUUUUGUCUUUUUGAAUUCACAGAGGGACUGUAAUUAUUAUGAAUAUUAAAAGUGUUUCCUUUUGUGCAGUGUAUCAAAAAAGGAACUCAUGAACAGACGGUAGUGUUUGUUUAUAUCAUUCUAGCAAACAGCAUCUUGUGCUAACAAAUUUGACGCAAAAAAUAGUUCUAAUAAUACUUUAUAUUUAUACUAUAUUUUGUUAAACCUCCUCGGAGACUGAGAAACGAUCUUUGCCUCUUAUUUUGUGAACAGACAGUGCAGAUAAUUUACACAUUUGACAGACUGUAAAACUACAUUACAAACAACUUUGAAACCAUAUUUUCAUUUGACAAAAUCAGGAAUGAAUACGAGUUAAAUUGUAAUUUAGAGGCAGUAUUUUUAAAAGUGAAAUGAAAUAUAAAGAAUUUAAUGUUUGCCUUUCUUUUCCAGCGUAGUAAAAUGAAAGAUAGCUUUGUAAAAACUAACCAACUGUUAACAAGAAGCUAAAUUAUGUUUAUUUGUUCAAUCAGGGAAU